UCCAACAUAAACAAAUACUUAAAAAUUACCAUCUAAAAUUCCAUCUCUCUCUGAAGGAACAUCAUGGCCUAGCUGUUUCUUGGAUCCGGAGAUUCUGGGUAUUUUAUUAUGUAUAUAACUCCUUAUUUUAUAAACGCAGUAACCCACAAGAUAUGAUUUGGUUCCUUCCCAUUGUUCCUCCCUAGGCUCAAACCUUUCUGCGUGUUCUUUCAUUGGAGUUUGUAGCAUAGUUGUAAUGCCUGUAAAUCCAUGGACCCUCUUCUUCUUAUGCAUUUCCCUUUUAGUUCCAUUCCAUUCUUUUAUUGCUCAUGCAGUGAACCAACAAGGGAAAGCUCUUCUUUCAUGGAAGAGAACCCUGAAUGGAUCACUGGAGGUAUUGAGUAACUGGGACCCAAUUGAAGACACCCCAUGUAGCUGGUUUGGUGUGAGUUGCAACUGGAAGAAUGAAGUAGUACAAUUGGAUUUGAGGUAUGUGGAUUUGCUUGGAAGACUUCCCUCUAAUUUCACCUCAUUGCUUUCCUUGAACAGCCUUAUCUUAACCGGAACCAACCUCACCGGUUCAAUCCCAAAAGAAAUAGGCAACCUCUUCCGACUCAGCUACUUGGACUUGAGUGACAAUGCCUUGAGUGGGGAAAUCCCAAGCGAGCUAUGUUACUUGCCACAACUCCAGGAACUCCAUCUCAACUCCAACGACCUUGUGGGGUCCAUUCCACUUGCAAUUGGGAACCUCACGAAGUUGGAGAAGCUGAUCCUGUACGACAAUCAACUCAGUGGUGAAGUUCCUAGUACUAUUGGCUACCUGAGGAACCUUCAAGUGAUAAGAGCCGGAGGAAACAAGAACCUGGAAGGUUCUUUGCCACAAGAAAUUGGUAACUGUUCCAGUUUGGUGAUGUUGGGCUUGGCAGAAACAAGCAUCACAGGUUCUCUGCCACCAAGUCUUGGCCUUCUCAAGAACCUUGAAACCAUUGCCCUCUACACUUCCCUGCUCUCUGGCCAAAUACCCCCUGAACUUGGCGACUGCACAGAGCUCCAAAACAUUUAUCUUUACGAGAACUCCCUCACAGGAUCCAUACCAAGCAAAUUGGGAAACCUUAAGAACCUCAAAAACCUUCUGCUGUGGCAGAACAAUCUUGUUGGCCCCAUCCCACCUGAGAUUGGAAACUGCGAGCAGUUAUCAGUGAUUGAUGCGUCAAUGAAUUCAAUAACGGGAAGCAUUCCCAGAACUUUCGAGAACUUGACGUCACUGCAAGAGCUCCAACUCAGUGUGAACCAGAUUUCGGGGGAGAUUCCUGGGGAAUUGGGCAAGUGUCAGCAGCUGACGCACGUAGAACUAGACAACAACCUAAUCACGGGCUCAAUACCCUCCGAAAUAGGAAACCUUGGGAAUCUAACGUUGUUGUUUCUGUGGCACAACAACCUGCAAGGUAACAUUCCCUCGUCCCUUUCCAAUUGUCAAAACCUAGAGGCCAUUGAUCUUUCGCAGAAUGGAUUAACGGGUCCCAUUCCAAAGGGGAUAUUCCAGCUCAAGAAUCUCAACAAGCUUUUGCUCCUCUCUAAUAAUCUUUCCGGGAAAAUCCCCUCUCAGAUUGGGAAUUGUUCCUCCCUUAUUCGCUUCCGAGCUAACAACAACAACAUCACCGGGAGCAUCCCCUCGCAGAUUGGGAAUCUCAUCAAUUUGAAUUUCUUGGACCUGGGGAGCAAUCGAAUUUCCGGCGUUAUCCCGGAGGAGAUCUCCAGCUGCCGGAAUCUCACAUUUUUGGACUUACAUUCCAACUUCAUCUCCGGAAAUUUGCCGGAAAGUUUGAACCAGCUCGUUUCGCUUCAGUUUCUCGAUGUCUCCGAUAACAUGAUCGAAGGUACUCUGAGUCCUACCCUUGGCUCGCUCGCCGCACUCUCCAAACUCGUUCUCGGGAAGAAUCAAAUCUCCGGCUCCAUUCCGAGUCGACUCGGUUCUUGUGCCAAGCUGCAGUUGCUGGACCUCAGCAGCAACCGUCUCUCCAGCGAAAUCCCCGGCAGCAUCGGCAAUAUUCCAGCGCUGGAAAUCGCUCUGAAUCUGAGCCUAAACCAGCUCUCCGGCGAGAUACCUCAGGAGUUUUCCGGCUUGACGAAGCUCGGAGUGUUGGACAUUUCUCACAAUUUUCUCGAGGGGAACCUCGAGUAUCUCGCUGACCUGCAAAAUCUCGUGGUCCUCAAUAUCUCGCACAACAAAUUCUCCGGACGGGUCCCGGACACGCCUUUCUUCGCGAAGCUUCCCCUCAGCGUGCUUGCCGGAAACCCGAUGCUGUGCUUCUCCGGCAACCAGUGUAACGGCGUCGGGAGAUCGGGGAGGCGUGCGAGGGUGGCGCGCGCGGCCAUGGUGGUCCUGCUGUGCACGGCGUGCGUGUUGCUCAUGGCGGCGCUGUACGUUGUCGUCGCAGCAAAACGACGAGGGGACCGGAAAAACGACAUGGAGAUAGAUGGAAAGGACAGCGACGCAGACAUGGCCCCACCCUGGGAGGUGACACUGUACCAGAAACUCAACCUGUCUAUUUCUGACGUAGCCAUAUGUCUAUCUGCUGGCAACGUCAUCGGCCACGGUCGAUCCGGCGUCGUUUACAAGGUGGACAUGCCGGCGACGGAACUGACCAUAGCGGUUAAGAAGUUUCGGUCGUCGGAGAAAUUCUCGGCGGCGGCGUUUUCAUCCGAGAUCGCGACGCUGGCGCGAAUCCGUCAUCGGAAUAUUGUGCGGCUGUUGGGUUGGGGAGCGAACCGGAGAACGAAAUUACUGUUCUAUGAUUAUUUACCCAACGGUAAUUUGGACACGUUGUUACACGAGGGGUGCACAGGAUUAAUCGACUGGGAGACGCGGCUCAAGAUAGCCCUGGGCGUGGCUGAGGGUGUGGCUUACUUGCAUCACGAUUGCGUCCCUGCUAUCUUGCACCGGGACGUCAAGGCGCAGAACAUUUUGUUAGGAGACAGAUAUGAACCCUGUUUGGCUGAUUUUGGAUUCGCUCGAUUCGUCGAAGAGGAUCAAGCUUCUUUUUCCGUUAAUCCUCAGUUCGCCGGUUCCUAUGGCUACAUUGCGCCCGAGUAUGCAUGCAUGCUUAAAAUCACAGAGAAGAGCGAUGUGUACAGCUUUGGCGUGGUCCUACUAGAGAUAAUAACGGGGAAAAGGCCCGUAGAUCCAUCAUUCCCGGAUGGACAACAUGUUAUUCAAUGGGUACGGGAGCACUUAAAGAGCAAGAAGGACCCAAUUGAGGUUCUGGAUUCCAAGUUACAAGGCCAUCCAGACACACAAAUACAAGAGAUGUUGCAAGCACUUGGUAUCUCUCUGUUGUGCACAAGUAAUCGUGCAGGGGAUCGACCGACAAUGAAAGAUGUUGCAGCAUUAUUGAGAGAAAUUCGACAUGAUUCUCCACCAGGGGCUGAGGCCCACAAGCCCAAAAGAACUGAAGCUUCCUCCUAUUCCUCCUCCUCAGUCACCCCAGCUCAGUUAUUGCUCCUACAAUCCACUUCCCACUCCUCAUCACUUGCUUAUUCCUCUUCCUCUGGAGCAGCCUACCAUCCUCCAAGGAACCAAUCCUCAGUUAUUCAAAAUUAA